AUGUCAUCUCCAAAGGAAUCUUCUCCCUCUCUUCCUCUUUCUUCACUGUCUUCUUCCUUGCCUUCCCCACCAUCUUCUUCUUCAGUUGGCGUCCCUGAGGAUAAUCCACAUGAUUCUACCCCACCUCAGGCGACAGCUUGUGAUCCCCACUCACAGGUCUCAAGAGGUCAUUUUAGUCCUUCCACCCCAAUCUUUCUAAGACGAGCUAGAGCCCAAGGAGCACCCAAGGAAAUUCCCCUGUAUCUGCCUCAUCACCCAGCAACAGAGUGGGCAGAGUACUGUCUGGUGAGCCCUGGCAGAGAGGGUCUCAUGAGCCCUACAGAGAUGGCUUCUAAUGGGUGUCAGGAGGCAGAGGUCCUUCUUGAGGACACCAGAAGCAUCCACAGAGACCCACACCCCAUCGAGGAAAAGCACAGGUGUUUGCCAGGCCAAGAGCUAUCUCCCAGGGCCAGAGAGGACCCAGGAGAAGGGAGUCGUAGACCCAGGAAGGGAGAGGAGGGCAGGCCAGAGCCCACAGAAGAGAAGAGGCCAGGCUUAAAGAAGUUAGUCCUCACUCAGGAGCAGAAGACCAUGCUGUUGGACUGGAACAACUCCAUCCCUGUGGAGAGCGUGGGCCUCAAAGCCAGGGAGCAACUUUCCCAGAAAAGCGCCGAGAGUGGAAGAGGUGGCCAGGUGCUGAAACCAGUUUACCCCUCUCUGCCCCCUCAGGCAGCAAGAGAGACACUCUCAGCCCAGAGAGGGGCUGGAGGGGAGAUGGGGACCCCGACCGGGAGAACUUCAGAGGAGCCAUGCGUGCCUCCACCCAAGUCCCCCCUGCGGCUCAUCGCCAAUGCCAUCCGAAAGUCCCUGGAGCCCCUCCUCCCCAACUCUGAAGGGGGGAAGAAGGCCUGGACCAAGCCAGAAUCCAAAACUCGCUCACUCAGCCUUUGGAAAAACAAUUCCAAUAAGGACUGGGACCAGCAUUCCCCAGCGAGAAACAUGCCCUCAGACCUUAGUCUUCCUGACCCUGCCCUCCGCACCCAUAGUUUGCCCAAUCGGUCAUCCACGUCCCCACCGUGCAGCAAGAUUGAAGAUGUCCCCACACUCCUCGAGAAAGUGAGUUUGCAAGAGACCUUCCCAGAUGCUUCUAGGCUUCCAAAGAAGAGAACCUCACUUUUUUCCUCCCUCAGACUCAAAGACAAAUCUUUGGAGAGUUUUCUCCAGGAAUCCAGACAAAGAAAGGACAUCAGGGACUUCUUUAGCGGCCCCAAGGGGAAGGGGCCGGUAGUGGAGAGUGUCCAGCCCCUGGGGAAGCUGCUGCAGCCUUUCAGAAGCAGCUCCCUGCGCCAGGCAGCCCCUCCUCCUCCUCUUCCAGCCGGAAAUGCAAGCUCCAAGCACUUCCCUGUCCGAGCACAGGUAACAGAGGCUGCCUCGUCUGCCUCUUCCACCACCUCCUCUUCCGCAGAUGAAGAAUUUGAUCCCCAGCGUUCCUUGCAGUCAAAGGAGAGGAAGACGCUAAGAAGAAGGAGGAAGCUGGAAAACGCAAUGAAGCAGUUAGUUAAGCAAGAAGAAUUGAAAAGACUUUAUAAGGCUCAGGCCAUCCAGAGGCAGCUGGAGGAGGUGGAGGAGCAGCAGAGGGCUUUCGAGAUCCAGGGCGUGAGGCUGGAGAAGGCAUUUAGAGGAGAAGCAGAUUCAGGCACACAGGAUGAAGCACAGCUUUUGCAGGAAUGGUUUAAGUUGGUUCUGGAGAAGAAUAAAUUAGUGCGAUAUGAGUCGGAGCUUCUAAUCAUGGCCCAAGAACUUGAAUUAGAAGAUCAUCAAAGCAGGCUGGAGCAGAAACUCAGAGAGAAAAUGCUCAAGGACGAGAGCCAGAAAGAUGAGAAUGAUCUCAACGAAGAGCAAGAAAUACUCACUGAGAUGAUGCAAGUGAUUGAGCAAAGGGACAGACUCGUGGAUUCCUUAGAGGAACAACGUGUAAAAGAAAAGGCUGAAGACCAGCACUUUGAAAGCUUCAUAUUCUCCAGGGGCUGUCAGCUGAGCAGGACAUGACCAGGCGAGGCCUGCGGUUCCUGUCCCUCGCAGCAAGCCCGGGACUGGAUCAGGCCAAGCACACCACACAUCCUCACAGGUCCUCUUAUGCGAUUGCUCAUCCCUGGAAUUUAAAUUAUACCCUCCUGCAUUUUUAAAAAUUAAAAUUCUCUCGC